AUGUAUGUGAAAUGGAAUUCAAUAAUUGUGAUAAUGUUUGUGGCGGCAAUGGUAAUGGCAGUCAAAGAUGUCAGGGGGGUGACGUUUGAUGAGUGCCGUGAAGAGUGCAUUCAAAGUUGUGCCACCACCGGCACCAUCCCGGCCAUCUGUCUCCAGAACUGUUACCGUAGAUGUCACCGCCUAUCUGGUCGUACUAUAGGAUCUGCCCUUGAUCGUCACUCUAAUGACUGGAACUUGAUGAGAUAG